AUGUUUCAGCAACAUAUCUUACAUAUUUUGGGAAUUAUAGCUCAUAGAUAUCCAGAGAAAACUAAUCAAAAGAGUCUGCUGAAUAGAUACAGCUUUGUUAUAAGAAGCCAGAAACUGACAUCAAAACAGUCAUUUGUGCUUAUCAUUGGCUGUCUGAAAGGCCUGAGUGAGUUUCUUUAUAAAUUUGAACUUUGUUCUGAUGAUGGUGGUCAGAAUACUGCUGUCUGUGUAGAAAUACAUGAUUUAUUAAAGCAGUUAAUAGCAAGUUUGGACUCUCAAAAAAGAAUUGCCCAGCGAAUUGCUUUGUCCAUUAUUGAACUACAUGGAAAUCACUUUGCUGAAAUGAUGUAUAAGGAAUACAAAUGGUGGCAUUCAACUUUACUGCUAUGGAUUGAAAUGCCUGACAAAGACAAAAAAGCAGGGAUCGCAGCUUUGCAAAGCUUCUAUGACAUUAUUGCAGAUGUAUUGUGUAAAGAAACAGAUGACAGGGCAAAAACAGUGUUUGAGUAUUUCAUGGGUUAUUUCCACGAAAAAAUGGCUAGUAAAUCCACACCAACUGCUGUCCUUCAUACAGUCAUAAAAGCAUUUGGUGACUUCUCCAAGGCUUGUGAAUCCCGCUGGUCGUCAGAAGAUGUAGAAUAUGCCUUUUGUUUUAUUUUGCAGUGUGCUGAGGGUAUAUGUUUAGAGUAUUCAACACAAGAGGAUGUAUUUCUGCGCAUGAAGAGAGUGUGGCAUUUACCUCAGUACUUGGAAUCAUUGGGAAAGUUACUCCUGCAAAAAGAAAUCAUACAUUACUCACAGCAGUUAUCACUGGAACACAUCACAGUAUUACUUAUUCAGAUUUUUCCACAUGCCUAUGAGAGCACUACAUUUAGCAUAAUUAAAGCUAUGCAGAGCUUUUUCUGCAAUUUAUCUUUGUCUAAAUUGGUGCUGCUGGAAGACUUUAUAAAUGUAGUAGUGUAUCAAGGACUAAUCCACACCUGUUCCCAUUGCUUGCUGAUUGAUAUGGAGUUACACAAAGAGAGACAAAAUGAUGGUCAAAAAAUUAUCACAUAUAAAAACUAUAUGUCUUUAUGGAAAUCAUUAUUUCUGGCACAUAACUACAGAAUUAAAGGACCUUCAGCUGCCACAAAGACUGAUGUUGUUCAGAAGAUGCACAACCAGUUUGUAAUUUUGUUACUGCGUUGUCUGAGAAAGCUGAACUUGAAUACUAGGAAAAAGAUAUUACAGGAUUCUGACAGUUUCUUUAUUGAAGGUGACAUGGAAGCAGUAAAUCCAAAGGAUUUCAAUGUCUUCAUUAAUUUAACAGAUUUUUGUCAAGAAUUUUUUCCACACAUUGAUUCAAAUUUAUUUAAGAAUCACUGUGAAGAAUUCAUUACUCACUUAAUUGUGGAAUCUACACGAGCUCCCAAUGUCAGUGGCUUUUAUAAACUACUCGCAGCUGCGUUGAAGAUAUGCGAUAAACUACAAUUUUUUGGAGAAUCCUUAGUUGUGGACAAGACCAGAGAAGUGUGUUACUGGAAUGUGGUUAAUUUUUUGUGGGAUUCAGUGAAACGACUUCAACAAUAUACAGGAGAUCUCCUAAUCGCAAGUCUACAGCUUGUUCUGUCAUGUCCUGCAAUCAUAAUUCAUCCAAUUAUAAGGGAAACAGGAGAAAUAUUUCUGAUAAUUUUCAGUAUUGCAAAUAGUUAUUUGGAAUUAGGCCACAAUGCAAUGGAUUCACUUGAAAAGUGGACAAAGGAAAUACCUUCAGAGGAUAUGGAUGCACUGAUAACAAAAGUUUUGCCUUACAUGGAACCAUUUCUUCAGAGCAAAAGUGCAGGUUUGGAGAAGGACAUGGAAUUGCAAGUGUUGCAAACUGAGCGUAGAUUGCAUCAGCCUCGACGAAGGAUCCGGAAGUUUAAACGAGGCUCUACAGAGCUGCCGCAGACAGAACUUGUAAGGCUUCAGUGGAGAAUAUUACACUUUUUGGGGUCAUUGAGAUCUGAUAUCACUCCAGCUCUACUAGCUAAUGAUCCUCUUGCUGUCAACACUGCAUGGGGUCACACAACACACCUUCCUUUUAUGCUGCCAUUUAAUGAUAUGAGGGCUACCAUUUUUUUUGACCAAUUCCUGCCAAGGAUUAUUGACCUUGCGUUGAAUUCGGGUGACCGGAAAACUCGAGUGGUGUCUUGUGAGCUCCUGCAGGCUGUUGUAAUGCUAAUGCUUGGAAUGAAAUGGCACAGAGAAGAGGAAACAAAAGCUGAAUUAUUCAGGAGAAUAAUAUCUGCUGUCAUAAAACUGGGAUGUGAUACUGAUCAAGUAGUUCUACAGAUUUUUUAUCCACUUGCUUUACAAAUGAUUCACUGGUACAGCAGCAGAUUCCAGUACAAUACCAAAUAUUGUAUAAUUGUUGUUGAAGUAAUAAUGGAUGGGAUUACCCACCCUACAGAUUCUUCACUACGUAAAUUUUCCUGCAAAUGCUUACAUGAGUUUAUCGUGUGGUCUGUCAGGCAACUUAAACAGGAAGAACUGGAGAAGUCACCACUUAAUAUUGAAGCUGUAGUGAAACGAAUUUGUUUUCUUUGCACUCAUCCAAGUUUUUCUAAACGGCUAGGUUCAGCACUCGCAUUUAAUAGCAUUUAUAGAAAACUACGGGAGGAGAAAACUAUUAUUGACAGGUUCUGGUUUGAUCUUCUUUAUUAUAUGCUAAGUAAUCUCUCCAUUGCCGACAUUGGUGAUAGUAUAAUUGGUGCUGUGAAAGAAGUACGUUCAGCAGUUUAUCACAUAAAACGAGUACUUCAAGAGAAACCCGAUCUUUUCAAUCAGAUCAGCGAAGUUCGUCAUAAACCACCAGAAUUUGAUGGAGUCCAACUUAUUCAUGCUGUCACAUGGCUGUUGAAGCAGUGUGGCUCAUUACAGAUGGACUGCAGACGAACAUCCAUGGAUUUGGUCAUGUGUCUUGCGUCACUUAUACCAGGUGUAAAAACUGCAAAAGAAUUUGUUUCAAAACUUGUAUCUGAAAAAGGUGUGGCUUAUGUAACAAGGAUUUGUGAUGCUGGCCAUAUACUUGAAUUUUCUGAAGACUUCGAAAACCUCCAAAGAAGUCAGCAGUGGCUAACUGUUCUAACAGCAAGGCUUGAUUGCUAUAUAUGGUUUAUCGAGGAAGAAUUGCUGCAGCUUAGUGUGUUGCUAUUACAGAAUGGAAGGAUAUUUCAAGCAGCAAUUUAUUUUGUCAAGAAAUUAGGCCUUAAAGGGGCAGAUGACGAUCUGUGUGCCACUGGAACUCCAACAGAAGUUGAAAAUUACAGAAGAUAUAAGUUUGUAGCAACUGAAAGACUGUUAUAUUUUAUAUUUAUAGUUUGUAAGGCAAGCCAGCAACUUCAACCAGUCUUCCCCAGUGAUUUCCUCAGUAGUAAUGAGCUAUGGGAAUUUAUAUCAUGUUGUCUAAUCAAGCCCACAGAAAUGGGUUUUGGAGCAGAUUUUGCUGAAACUCAUCAGACUUUUUUGACAACGAUGGAAAAGUUGAUGAAAAUUCUGAAAGCCAAUUUACCUCCAGAAGCUCUGAACUGCUUGCUUGAAAAUUUAUCCAAACUUUUAAGAAAUUACAGUGAUUUAUUAUUUGGAUCACUUGAAACUUCUUUCAAGUCGGACACUGUCCAUGCCAGUCAGAGAGAUGCCGUACAGGCAAUGAGUACUCUUAUCAGAAGUGAAUUAUUUGAGCAGGUCAUUGAGAGACAUUCAUCACAGCAAUCAUUUAGCAAAGAAAUUUUUGAGAAACUUCUUUCUAGCAUUGUGGUCAAUGAAAGUGUCCCAAAGGUUGCCAUAAAUCUACAACCAAGUGGAAAAGUAUAUGCAAAAUUGUUGAUUGAACUGGCUUUUCUUGCAGAUGGAGAAAUUGAUGAAUUGAUCAAUCUUCUGCUUUAUGGACCGAAAGUGUAUGUCACAGAAAAGGCAGCCAUGGUACGUCACGGUGAGCACUUCCUUGCACAGCUACGUGAGCCAGUGUUGCAUGGAUUACUAAGAAAACAUUCUGGAGUUUUCCGUGUUGUAGAGCUGCUUAUCGGGGAUAGUUUGCAGCCAGAGAGAAGUGGCUGGCCACUAAGAUUUCUUGAGCAGCUAUUACAACGUGCUGUACAUAAAGAUGCCAAGCUAGAAUUGAGUGUUGCAGAUGGUUUGGGAUGCAAAGUUUUGGCAUCUUGGGAGUUGUUGAAGAACUGGGCAAAUGACAUACCAACAAGGAAAUGGCAGGUUGUGGACCUACUGGUACAAACUGUGAGGCUGCUUAAGGAGCCAGUUGGUUGCUUUACACGGUACGCUGCCAUACAUAUUUGGCUUAGAGAGAUAAUAACUUCAGAAAAUCUGUCUCUGCAUGAGAAAAAUAGAGUUCUGGACUUGCUCCCGGGACUGGUUAAUGUCAGCAAUGCCGAAGAUCAAAGUCUAUGGGAUCUUCUCUUGGAUCUGCAGUCUCACCAUUUUCCACUUUCAACAAGUGAACUGCAUGAAGGAAGUAUGGAAUUGACCAGCUUUGUGACUUGCUUUCAUAAAUUGCUUUCUGCUUUAGAGAUCUCAGGGAAUAAGGUUUUUCUGAAAGCCAUUAUUGUAUUCUCAGCUGGAGAUAAUGGUCAUAUAUGUGCUCCAAGCAUAGAAAAGCUGCUACCAAAACUUACGGGAAGGUUGACAUCAGAAAAGCAACAGGAAUGCUUGGAAACAGCAUUCUCCGUGUUUAGUAACAGAGUGUAUGAUUCAAACACACGACUGGGCAGCAUUGAGAAGUUUCUGGUGCCUCUUGUUAAGUACAGUAGUAUUAGUGCAAUUCAAACCUUUUAUGCUAAAUAUAUUAAAAAUAUUAUGAAAAAUUUGUCUAGCAUGGUGGAAGACACCAAUAUAUUCAUCACGAAACAUGACAUUGUUUCAAAAUUUGGUGCUUCCCAGUUAUUAGAUGUUUUACAUUUCAAGUGCAGUAAGGAAGUACUUGAAGACAAAGCAAGCCCCAUCACAAAUGCAGCUUUUCCAGGUGCUGUCAUUGAAGGAAAAGAGCUGAUGAAGGAAAUUGUUAAGAGAUUGAAAGCGUUUCGGAGUAUUGAGAAACCAUCAAAUGCUAUGGAAGAUCCUGAAGUGCUGGAACUGUUUCGCAAGAUGCAAUGUGCUGCAUACAAUGGUCUAGCAGCUGUCAUUACAAACACAAAAUUUGAAGAAACUUUUGUUUCUGGAUUCCUGUUUUCAGAGAACCAACAGAAGAUUUGGGAAAAUCUUGUAGACUGUGAGACAAAUAUUACCUUUGCCAUGGACUGGGAAAAUGUUCCCCGAAGACGGAAAAUGUUAGUAAACCUCAGACAGAAAUGUGAUGGAGCAGGCAAUGCCAUGGACGGUGCACAACCCAUCAAUUAUAUUCCAUCACAUUCACAGUUUCUUCUCCAUAGCUCACUGGCUGAAGAUGUGACACAAUUUGACUUCACACUGAGUGUUGUGCGUCCUCAGGGUCCCCCUGGGAAUGUCAAUGAACAGAUGGAUGGCACUGAAAUCGACUUGGAAAUGGAUGUUGUUAAUCAGCAUGUGUGUAUGCCAGUCUUAUGUGCACUGCUACAGAACAUGUACAAACAAAAUCUCAUAACAGUUCCACAACCAGGGGAGAAAGGAAAUUUGCCAUCUUUUAUGGAGAAUAUGAAGAAAUGCCUCCUAUCUGAUAGGCACAGAAAUGUGAAAAUAUUUAUUGUGAAACUGAUACUGAACAAUGAGAAUAUCUUCUUGCCAUUUGCAAAUCAUUGGUUGUACCCCUUGUUGUUACUUAUAAAAGAUGGGUCUUUUGGUAAUGAAUUAAAUUAUUUCAUCACUGACGUUUUAGCACUACUACUAUCAUGGAGUGGAAGAGCUAUUCCAGAUUCUAAUGAUUAUGAAAAGAAAUUGACUAGUGAUGUUUUUAGAUUCUUAAUUGAACACUCAUUCCACAGGAGACGGGAUAUUAUGAAGCACAAUUUAGAACUAAUAAAAACAGUUGUUGAGCUAUGGAAGAGUUGUUUGACUGUACCAUAUGAUUUAAUUUUAGAUUACCUAAAAAAGAAGUAUGAGACAGAUAAAGAUGCAGAAUUUGGUAUACAGUUAGUUGGAGCAAUCUGCUGCAACAAAAUCAAUCCAUGGGAUGAAAACACAGUGAAUAAUGUUCUAGACAUCCUCUGGACUAAAAUGGAUGUCAACAGUAGAGAAGUGUACUUACCAUGUUCUGAACUUAUUGGAAUUAUUUUGAAGCGUAUGCAUGAUGAAGAUGAUAUUAGUGUACAACCUGACAAUAAAUUCCUGAGUAAUGUGAGAUCUGUUCUCAAUAAACUAAGUUACAAAAGUCGAGACAAAUAUCUGUUGUGUUUACACGGUGUGCAGAAACAUUACCCUCAAGUAGUUGACAAAACUUUUAUGCAAGAUGUGGCUUUUAAUCUAAAGAAAUGUCAAGGAAGCUUUAAGACAUUAAGUUUGGAAAUAAUGUUAUCUGGAAUUGAAACAUUAGGUGAAGAUGCAUAUGGAUUCCUAAAAAGUAAUGGGCUGCUGGACUUUGUUGACCAACCAGAUACUGGUGCUCAACUUGCAGCACUAAGAGUGCUGGAGAAACUCUUGUUGCUGGACCGAGACAACAGCAGCAUUUGCCACAUGAAAUAUGCUGAAAAGCAGAGUCUUUUGAAUGCAGUAUGUCCUAUUGCAGUUAAACGUUCAACUGCUGCCUCAUGUCGUCACCUUGCAUUUCAGAUCCUUUCCAGUGACACUGAUGCCCAUGAGGGUGCUCGAAAAGCCCUACUUUCUGGAUUGGCAGAUUCAGAUCCGGAUAUAAAGGAAUUUGUUCUGAGGUACUGGCGGUCAGAUUCGCAGUUACCAGUUUCUGCUUCAGAGAGACUUGUAUAUAUGUUGAACCACCUGUACAGCACAGAAACAGAAGUACAAUUUCUGGGAUAUGCUCUUCAGGUUUUAUUAGAAGCUUGCACAACAUCACCGGAUUAUAACCGAAACAUAUAUCUCAAGCCUCUAGAAGAAUGUCAUUUUGAGGAGUACCCUAUCUCUGUUUCUUGGAGAGCCCAGAACAUUUCUUUGGUCCCUCUUUUUGCUGAGACAUUAGCUAGUCAAGCAAAUGAAUCUCUGAUGGAUGCUACAGCCAUUAUCAGGGCUACUCAAGACAGCCUGGAAUUUUCACCAACAUUAAACGCUGAGAGACGUACAUUUGCUGAGAGCUAUCAACAAAAUCCAGCCUUCACUUUAACCAGUAGUUCAUUAUUUUCAACUAGAAGUAAUGCUGCACCACAAAAUACAAAAUCAAGUUCUUCUGCAGCACUUCAAGGGAUUAGUGAACAAAAUGUAAGUACUGACAAACUUAAGCGAAGAUUUCUAAGAGAUGAGAAGAAAAUUGGCUAUUACUUUGCGAAAAGAGAGGUAAGACGCACCAUGAAGAUAAAGGAACUCCAAGCAGAAAGGUCUAAAAAGGAAGCAACUGUAUCUCUGUUUCGGAAAUAUCGGAAAGGAGACCUUCCAGACAUUGAAAUCCAAUUUUCAGCAUUUAUUAAGCCUUUGCAGGCCUUAGCUAAGAUGGAUGUAGUAAUUGCUCAGCAGUUACUCACAGCCAUAUUUGCAGGUAUCCUUAAAGGACUAAGUGAAAAUGAAGAGGACUUCACAGACAGAAUCAAACAAGUAUUUGAAGAUAUUUUUGAAAAAACAGUAGCAUGUCCACCAUCACUCAUUGGAUCCAUAAUUGAAAUGGCUCUCUUAAGUCCACAGUCAAUCAUACUUGAUGUCGAGAAACUAUCUGCAGUUUGCAGGGCAGCAAGUUUGUUUUCAACUGGUUGCCUUUUACUAGAGAAUUAUAUUAUUAAUGAUGUUCAGAGUCUUGAUCCAAUACCAACAAAACGACAGAAAGGCCCUACGGGUGACAUUCAUUGGUUACGACUAGCAGAGUUGUAUACGGGCCUUGGAGAUUGGAACUCUGUCCAAGGAAUAUUUCGAAACAGUUUGGAAACAUCUGAAAACUUGAAAAAGGCUCUCGUAUGUCAAGCAGGCAUGGAAUGGAAACCUGCAAGUUUGCAUUAUCGUAAUGCUUUAAAGGACACAUCAUGUGAAGACCUACAGGACUUCUGUCGUAGCUCGUAUUACAAGUGCCUGGCUCAUCUCUCCUCGUGGGAUAGCAUCAGUGCUGAAAUAAGGCAUAAUGAGCUAAACAAUAACUGGAAUGAGGUUUGGUCUGAACCAUGGUACACAGAGAAAAUGCUGCCUUUCCUGUUUGCAGCUCAGACACAGCUUAAGUUAAAAGGAUCAGAUUGCUCUGAAUUUGAAAGCUGUGUUGAAGAAUGGCUAGCUGAUGAAGAAAAGAAAUCCACUCUAGUGCAAUCCAUGAGUGAGGAGCUCUCAAUAUUAGACAUUACAAACAACAAAUUUAUUAAUGCUCGCAUACAUGCAGAACAGUACCUUUCACUCUUUCUGCAACAAUGGGCAGAAAUAGGUCCUGCGUCAUAUGCCAUCAGAAGCAAAAGACUGAUGGAUCUGCAGAGAAUAACAGAGAUAAUGCUCUAUCUGGACAUUGCAAACAUCUCCAGUCUUGAAGCUGAUCUCACAAAACUGGAACAGUUCAUGAAGCCAUGGGCUACAGAUUUACCAAGUGCAACAAGUUCACUUGAAGACUGGGAACGGAAAGUUUUGUACAGGUGUUACUUCUUAAAACAAACAGCUGAUAGAUUGUCAUCAGACAGUGCCACUGAUGAUCUUUCCUGGUUGAAAACCACUGAAGUUGUUUGUAGAAUGACUGUAACUGAUUUGGCACUCUUACAGAAAAAUUAUUUUGUGGCAAAAAAAUAUGCUGUGGGUAUGAAGGAGGAGGUUGAAAUUUGUGGUGAUGAAGCAAUGAACAUUCAGCAUAGCUUGCAUAUUCUCAAACUCGCCUCACUUAAAGCAAGUAAAAGCGCAGAGCUAAAAAAAAAAAUUUUGCGGAUGGUUGAAGUUCUUGACACAUUAUCAUCACUUCAGAGGAGGGCUAAAAAUAACAACUGCCUUUCUGAACUUAUCUCUGUUAAUGAAGAACAGUGCAGAUUUUCACAAGAUCUUCUGUCGGUACUUAGAACAAAUCAGGAUAAACUACGAUCACUGAGUUCAUCAGACAUGGACAUUCUUUUGAGAUGUGUGGGUUCUCCUAGAGUAGAGCCAGAUGAACUGUUGACAGCAAUUAAGAAACAUGGUUUCAAAGCUGCCACAGAAGCUGUUCAUUUAGCUGAACAUCAGUUGCGGAAGAAUUCCUGUAGCACUGUGGAAGACAGAAGCAUGGAGCACAGACUUGCAGAUUUACACCUGAAACUUGCACAGUAUUGUCGCAGUCACUGUGGUCCUGACACCCAAAAUUAUGACAUCACCAUUGUAACCUCACUACUGAAGGCUAUGAAGUAUGGCUCAGCUGAAGCUCGCCAGCUAUUUCCAUGUCUUCUGGAGCUACAUCGUUUGCCAACUGAACUGUUAGAUGAAUUUAAAACUCAGAGUGCCUCUGUCCCUGAGUGGAUGUUUCUUGGAUGGGUGAGCCAGAUUUUGGCUUCUUUGGACUCGCCUGUGGGGAUUGCCUUACAUGAGCUUGUAAUUCGUAUGGCAAAAGCCUACCCACGAGCUCUAGUUUAUGCUUUUAAAGUUAGUGCCAAAAAGUACACAUUUGAUGAGAUCUCGGAAACCAGUGAAUCUGCCAGAAUCAUUGUAGACAGAUUAAAGACCAUCCUGUUAAGUGACACCAUUGUGGAAGAAUUUACAAAUGCAUUUUCUUGGCUGUGUUUGCCACAUAUAUUGUUGGGCAAUGAACUCAAAAAUUUAUCUCAGCUUUUAGAAGCUGGAGUGGCAAACUUAAAUCAGUUCAAAAUUGAAUUUCAAGAAAUGUUGAACAGAUUGUUUGUGUCGCGAAGGGAGAUGUCUUCACAAGGCAGUAGUGCGUUAUGUGGUGAGAUUUUCAGUGAAAUUGAUAAAUAUUAUCCAGAUGAAAACAAAAGAAGUUCAAAAUCUCAGAUUCAGAAAGGUGAAAUACACUUGGGUGCAGUAUUAACGGCUGUCAAUAGUGGUAAUAUUGAAGAAGCACUAGAAAUCAUCCAGAAAUGCAGGAAGGAAUUACACAACAAGUCAAAGUCAACUAAAAGCACUUACUUUCUAUGGGAAUUCAGCCCAUGGCUUAAGAACUUUCAAGGAGAUAAGUGGGGGAAUGACCUAGAAAUACCUGGACAGUAUACUGGAGAAUCACGCCCUCUUCCACAUUUGCACAUUAAGAUUGCAAAUUUCCAUCCAGAGGUGAUCGUAUUACAUUCAAUGCGGAAACCUAUAAGGCUAACAAUGCUUGGUAAUGAUGCAAAGGAACAUCACUGUAUAAUAAAACAUGGUGAGGACUUGCGCCUUGAUCAGAGAAUUCAACAACUAUUCAGUCUUAUGACUAAAAUGUUAACACAGGAUUCAGUGUGCAGAGAACAGCAGCUGCGCAUAAAAACCUAUCAGGUUGUACCACUUAGUAGCAAUCUUGGUUUCAUACAGUGGGUGGAUAAUACAAAAAGUCUGAAAGAAUUAAUAGAAUCUUCAUACACAGGAGAAGAGAAAACAUCUGCGGGUGUGGCUUCAACACGCUAUAGAGGCUGGCUGGCUGCUUCAAAUCCAAGUAAAAAAAACUUGACGGACAAAGAAAAAUAUGAAAGUGCUUACCGUAAAUAUUCACCUGAAGAAACAGUUAAAAUAUACAAUGAGAAUGUAAACAGCAUACCUUGGGAUAUUAUGCGGCGUGUCAUUUGGAAUGUAAGCACAACAGCAGAAAUCUUCUUUACAAAACGUCACCGCUUUGCUUCUAGUUACGCAACCAUGUGUAUUGGUCAGUGGUUGCUUGGUAUAGGUGACAGAAACCUUGGCAACUGCUUGGUGUUUCCUCACAGUGGAGAGUGCCUAGGUGUUGACUUUGGGUAUGCAUUUGGAACAGCUACAGAAUUCCUCCCAGUGCCAGAACUUAUGCCAUUCAGGUUAACUCCGCAUAUCGUUAACUUAAUGGAACCACACAAGACUUCAGGAGUUAUAGAAGAGACAAUGGUACACGUUUUGCGAUUGCUACGUAAUAACCACCAGAUAUUAUUGGCAACAAUGAAGGUAUUUGUUCAGGAACCAUCAUUAGAUUGGCUGUUUUAUGCAAAGAGGAAAUCACCAGGAAAUGUGCAAAGUGAUCCCAAGCGAUUUUCAAGGGAGAAAGUGGAGUUAGCAAGAAAAAAAUUUGAAGGUAUAAGUCCAGCAGUGAUUACAGAAGAAGAGCUACUAAGUGGACACUCAGAUCCUACAAAUUUUCGAACAGUUCUGUGGGGACCGAGUACGACACUGAGAUAUACUUUUGGUAGAAAACUUUUAACACCACAUGAUCAGGUUAAGUGUCUCAUUGAGCAAGCAACAGAUCCCCACAUAUUAGGGAAGACUUGGGAAGGAUGGCAGCCAUGGAUAUGAAGUCAGUUGUGUCAACCUGUGGAGUUUUAAUACAUUCUUUUUAAACCAAAUUUUUUUUUUCUAUUUUAAUAUAUAUAUUUAAAUGGCUGCGAUAUUUAUAAUUUUUUCUGCAUGCAUUUUUCAUCUUACGAAAUAUUAUAAAUUUUGUAUUAUAUUGGCAGAUUUGUAGUCAUCAACUACAUGUAGCAAAGGCUGUUUAUAUUGUGAAAUACAUGUAU